AUGUCUGAGAACAAGGAAUUCACCUUCCAGGAGGUGUCCGGCCACAACACCAAGAAGGAUCUUUACAUGGUCAUCCACGACAAGGUCUACGACUGCACCUCUUUCGUCGAUGAGCACCCCGGUGGUGAGGAAGUCCUGCUCGAUGUUGGUGGUCAGGAUGCCACUGAGGCUUUCGAGGACGUUGGUCACAGUGACGAGGCUCGCGAGAUCCUGGACGGUCUCCUCGUCGGUAACCUCAAGCGCGUGCCCGGCGACCCUGCUCCCCGUUCUCACGCCCAGGCUACUACCAACGCCUCCUCCAACUCCGGCAGCUCUACCGGCCUCGGUGUUGGCCUCUACGCCUUCCUUCUCAUCGGUGGUGCCGUCGCUUACGGUGCUUACCAGUACCUGAACGCCGCUUCUGAAGCCCAGUAG